AGUGACGCUGCCCCGGGGCCCUGUCAGGAAGUUGCGGCCGAUACACGGCGGAGCAGUGCGCGUGCGCAGAGCCACCAUUUUGCCGUUCAGUGUUCUGUCGGGGCUCGUUUUUCGGGCCCGGUGAGGCCGCGCUUUCAGAGCCCGGAGGAGGAAGACGGGGGGAGAGAGAGUGCACGGAGCACACUGCAUCCACCCCGGGCAAGCACUGAGACACACAGCGAGCGAGUAACACCCCGGGCAGACAUGGCCAACAUCGCCGCACAGAGAAUCAAGAGGGAGUUCAAGGAGGUACUCAAGAGCGAGGAGACUAGCAAAAACCAAAUCAAAGUAGAUCUAGUAGAUGAAAACUUUUCCGAGCUGAGAGGUGAAAUAGCUGGCCCCCCAGACACGCCGUAUGAAGGUGGAAGAUAUCAGUUAGAAAUCAAAAUUCCAGAAACAUAUCCAUUUAACCCACCAAAGGUGCGGUUUAUUACCAAAAUCUGGCACCCUAAUAUUAGUUCUGUUACAGGAGCCAUCUGUUUGGAUAUAUUGAAAGACCAAUGGGCUGCUGCUAUGACUUUAAGAACAGUGUUGUUAUCAUUGCAAGCUUUAUUGGCUGCAGCAGAACCAGAUGACCCACAGGAUGCAGUGGUGGCAAAUCAGUAUAAACAAAAUCCUGACAUGUUUAAACAGACGGCUCGACUCUGGGCACACGUGUACGCAGGAGCACCAGUUACUAGUCCGGAAUAUACAAAAAAAAUAGAGAACCUUUGUGCCAUGGGUUUUGAUAGGAAUGCAGUAAUAGCAGCCUUGUCGUCAAAAGCAUGGGAUGUAGAAACGGCAACAGAACUACUCCUGAGUAACUGAGAUCGAUGCCUAAAUUGAUCCCCGCUCACCCCAUCCCGAACAGCACGUCAUCUGUUAUUUUUUAGGAUUCUGCAUAGGUUCUGUUAUUAAAAAGAAAAAGAAAAAAAAAAAAGGCACCCGACAAUGCUACGUAGACCAUUCUGGAGACGGACAAAGAAAGAAACUGCUCUGUAAAUAAAGCUAAUAAUCAUGUAAAUUAAACAGCGGCUGCAAAACAAGGGGGAGGAGUAUGAUUUACAUUUUUUUUUUCUUAAUAUUGUAUAAAAAAAAAAAAAACACUUGGCGAUCAAUCAGCAGAAGAAUAAACCAUUGUAUGUUGUUGAAUUCUCUAGUUUAAUUUCCUUUGCUGGAGGAGAAGUGACGGCCGCCUUUUCCAGCAGCAAAUGAGGGUAUCCUUUUUUUUUUUUUUAUUUAUUUUUUGGAGUCACAGCCAUCAGUUUUGCCAGUCAUCAUCUUAAUUACUGUUGAAACCAAACAUCUUUUGUGCCCGUGGAUUGCAUGCAUACACACUAAUGAAUUUGGUUCCGUUCACUACAAUUCCUCAGUAGUAUAUUAAGUUUGAUGUGUCCAAAUGGAUUUUUUUUUUCCCUCUUCUCUUUCUUAUCUUCUCUGCUCCCCAACCCCUUGUGGGUAUUAUGUCAUACUUGGGCGGUUUAUUAACCCACAAUUCAGAGAGACUUCUGUUUCCAUGGAACCUGAUAUUUUACAUAAAGCUCCAAUCACUAGACUAGAGCCAAACAUUGGAUUUUAAUGGAAGGAGCCAAUCAAUGAGAAAGCAAAUUUGUUCAAAUGUUCUGAAUGUCACAAUGUUCUAACCAUGGGCAGUAAACCUUGACUCACCAAAUAAUGUCAAGGUUCUGGCAAUAUUAGCACUUCGGGAGGCAAUUGCUCUUACAACGCACUUUGAAUGAGCCAAUUAUUUAAAUCAAAAAUUGUAGGCUUUCUUCUUUAAUAAACCGUUAUUUGGAUAUUCA